GUCAAAUGUCAAGUCUCGGUAUCUUCAGAUGUAAGGGGCUCACCAGCACCACCGCCAUCAUGAAUCUCGAUCGAAGCAGAAUACAAUCUCUCAGCCAUCAACUUUGCGACAAUGUUCGAUGAGGAGAAGACCCAGGAGGUUGUUCAUGGCCUCAAAACCACCCCUGAUGGGCUCGUGCUCGACCCGCAGCCAUCAGAUGACCCUAAUGAUCCCUUGAACUGGAAGCCCUCGAGAAAGGCGCGUGUACUUUCGAUAUGGGCUAUUGCUUGUUUUUCUAGUCAAGCCACUGCUAUGACGAACAUGCAGGGAUCAUAUCUCCAAGCACCUCUGUAUCACAAGACGGCUACUCAGAUUUCUCUCUCCGUCUCAUGCGGGCUCAUUGGGAUCAUGGUCUCCUCUAUCCUAGUCGUCCCUCUUAGCCGUAGCUCGGUAUGGUCUGCCAUGAUGACUAGUCCAUCGGAUUACAUUCCAUUCGUGAUCUCUCGUCUCUUCGCCGGUCUCUGCGCAGGGGUACCUUUAGUCCUUGGCUCCGAAUUCGUCUUGCGGACUUACUUCCGACAUCAGCGAGGGAAAUGUGCAUAUGUUGAUGCAAGAUCUUCGUGGCCUAUCUCUUUCUGGUACACUGUACCCAUGAAUGGGGUGUUGGCUCUGUUGAUCCUUGUCUUUAUUGAAGAGACAGCAUUUGCGGGGGGAGAACAAGUGCGGCAAUCCUUUACACAAAAAAAAUGGAACAUGUAUAUCCGUGGAAGAGCGGUUCCACCACAGCUUAGAGCAAGCUGGAAGAACAUGGUAUCCAUUCUUUUUGAUAUCUUCUUAGUGUCUUUUUCUCCCGUGUCAAUAAUCGUAGGUUUCUUCAUGAUGGUAGACUUUGGCUUUGCUUCAAUGGCCAUUAUCCUCGGUGUCACCUUCGUUGAAGCCCCUCGAGACGAAGGUGGAUACGCAAUGUCAAAGAUUUCGAUGGCUUCAUUCACGCUAACCCAAGCAAUCGGCACCGCACUCGCGGAAUUAUACGGCCACUUCAUCAGCGACAGACUUCCUUUAUACCUGUUCCACCGAAAGUCCAAGUCGCAGGACAUUGAACCUACAGAAUGGCGCCCAGAAUACCGGCUUCACUGUCUCUGGGUCCCAGUGAUAAUGCUUCCCAUAGGCCUUGGCUUAUUUGGUGCUAGUUUAGAGUACCAUUACCAUUGGGUGCUUUUGGCACUCGGGUUUCUUCUCCUCACUUUCGGUGCCAUUUCCCUUCUCCCGGUUGCAAUGACGUAUCUCUGUGAAUGUUUCCCGAACCAUGUUUCAGAGGUGUCGGCAGGCAUGGGAGUUUGGAGGCUUAUCUUGGGAGUUCUCUCGGCUGUCUUCAUCGCCCCAUGGAACGAUAAAGUUGGUCCGGGAUGGGUGUUCGGCUCUGCUGGGCUGAUUACGCUCCCAGCUUUUGGAGGGGUGAUUAUCCUCAUGGUAUUUGGGAGACAGGUGAGGCAGAUGGGGGUUCGUAGAUUGAGAAGCUGAUGGGGAGCUGCGUUUCGGGUUUGGGUCGAUCAGCCAUGGUGAAGCUGGAUAUAUCCCGAGUUUUGG